AUGCCCCUCAAACUACACAACUUUGGCGAACCGCCGAGUAUCCCCAAGCAGUCCUUCUUCUGCCAGAAACUCGAGACCUACUUUCGCGCUGCUGGGUAUAGGGAGUACGUGACUGUCGCCUCGCUGCCCAGCGGGGGGCCUAAGGGGAAGCUGCCGUUCGUGACGCUCGAGGGAGGGGAGAAGUUGGCGGAUAGUCAUUGGGCUGUUAGGGAGCUUGUGAGGAGGGGAAUGGUGAGGGAUCUUGAUGCGGGGUUGAGUGAGGAACAGAAGAUGGAUACGAGGGUUUGGCAGAGCUACAUCGAAGACACCGUCUUUCCCGCUAACGUCGUCACUCGCUAUGGGGACGACACGAACUGGGCAACGUUCGUCUCCGAAGCACUUGGGAAAAUCCCCUUUCUCGCCCGGGCCCCGUUAGCGUAUGUCAUCCGGCGGGGAGCGCUCGGCCAGCUCUGGGCGCGUGGGACGGGUCGGUAUACCAAGCCUCAGAUCCGGGAGCUGCUAGACGACGCAAUCCGGAAUAUCGAGCUCAAGGUUGGGCAACACUCGGGCGAGGGCGCGUGGUUCGUCUUCUCCGGCGAGGGACCGACGAGUAUCGACGUGGUGCUGUAUUCGUGGCUUGUGUGCGUGCUGUGUACGGGGUGUAACCCUGUGCAGAGGGAGGGGGUAGUCAGGAGUGAGAGGCUUAGAAGGUGGGUGUUCGAGCUAACUAAGCUGUGGUUCCCGGAGUAUGAGGGCAUCCUGGCGGUCACAGGGGAUCGCUAGGAGGAUCUGGUGAUUAGCAUCGUCAGUGUUGUAUCAGCAGGCAUUCUCUGACAGUCUGGAACAC